AAUGGGAUUGUACAGAAACAUUUCUUUCCAUUUCAAUGCACCUCUACGAAAUAUUAAUGAGAUUACUGUACUGACCUUUUCGGCUUCUCUUCGUUUAGUGGCAAUGUUUUUGUCUGUAAAACUGCUGACACAGUAACCAGCAAAGUUGUUGGACAAAACCAAUACGUCCUUCGCAUUCUGGAAACUAUCUAUAGGAAAUGAUCGUUUCUAUGUUUGUAAAUUACUACAGUAGCGGAUGACCUUGCACUUCAAGACUCGCCAAUGGUCAUCUGUUCGGGCACUCUCCUGCAGCUACAGUUAGAACCUGCUUUCAGCUUGGUGCGUCCAUAUGUACAAACUGCUUAUUAGCAGGCUAAACAGUAUAUAAAAGCUCGAAGUUCUCUAUUCCAAAUGUCCAUGAACUUUGGAUAGUACAUUUGACAAUUAGUGAUGGCGGACAAAUGUUGAUCCUAUAGAAAGCAAUAAUCUGAGCAUGGAUAAUUCGACUUUAUACCAAAAGUUGUCAAGAUAUCUACCUUAUUCUAAAUGCGGAAAUGAAGGUUGCAAAUGUAGUACAUGGAAGCUCUCAGACAGUGCGAUAGAUGAAAAACUUGUUGAAGCUAUAUGUGAAAAUUGCUGUCAUGUUCAUUAUAGCUUGUCUGAUCCAAACGACAACACAUGGCUUAAUAGCGCAAUGCAAAUGGUUGACGAUGUGGAACGAAUGUAUAUUUUAUGUACCAAGGAAGAAGAUUAUGAAACAAGAAAUAUAUAUUUCUGUAUUUUAAAGCGCCUUCGCAAGGCGUUAAUGAAUAAAGUACAACCCGUUUUUGAUGACAAACCUCCUUUUGAGCGACCUGAUAUCAAUACGGCUGUACGAAACGCGUUAUUAUUUUGUGCUGUCACCAAUCCUCAAAAUCCAGAAAUAACAAUUGAACUGUGUAAAUUAUUCCUAGCAUAUGUGAAUUCAUAUAAGAUCACAUAUCCAAGUCAAAGGAUUCAGAAGUAUGAAAAUAAAACAGGAUACAAAUUAAUAUAUAUGAGGUGGAUAUGCCACUGUUAUGUACCAAAGUUCUGUAAUGCCUUACCAUAUACUGAGGCUACAUGUGCAUUUGGAAAGAAUUUCUUGUUAGCCGUUUUGCCUGAAAUUAAAAGAAGACUAAUGGAAUUUUUCAAACAAGAUUCUAUAAUCCCAUCUAUGCUAGAUGCAAAGAUACAUUUAAUACAACCUUUAACACGAUUGUGUAAUUUGCUGGAAGAUAAUGUUGAGGACAAAACAACUUCCGUCUGGGAUCCGUAUUUCCAACCACCAUUGCGUCCCGACAAUGUAAUUACACCAAGCGGAUUAUUACAGUCGAUUUCUAUUGACCACGUGGUCGAUUUCUCUACACAUCAACGUAAUAUAAUCAUCAGUAGUUCAAGUGAACUGAAAAGUGAUUCAGUUGUUACACCGGCUCUCACUGAUCUAAAAUCAGAGAAACUGUUUAGUAAUUCAGAUUUGGUGAAUGGUGAUAAGGAUAUGGUAGUUAAUACACCUAUUAAGUCUGAACCUGAAGAGUCACUUACAAAACCUGCCAAAAUGACUGAUCAUACAACGCACCGAAGAACAAGCGUACGUCUUCGAAGUCAAUUAUCGAUUAAUACACAAUCUUCCGUGAGUGAUUCAGAAAAAUCGAACUGUAAAUCAGAAGACAAAACUGUGGUCACCGAUAGCAAUACUAAAAAGUCAUUGAAUGAUAAGUUAAAUAUUUCAGAUGUUAGUAGUACAGAAUUAGAACAAAUUCUACAAGAAAUGAAAAACAGUGAAAGCCCUUGUAAAGGAUUUUAUCCUUUUCAAACGCUUCAUUCGUUAAAUGCAACAAGAGAUGCCGCUGCACGUCAAGAAGAAUCAGCUGGGAAUAUUGAAUUUCAUAUAGUUAAUAAUAGUUUAAAUCCUAAUCAACCUCCGCAAACAUAUAUUUGGCUUUUGGAGUUAUUAAAUGUAUUUGCUUUGCAAUUACCUCGUAUGCCGAAGGAAUACAUUGCACGACUUAUUUUUGACCCAAAACACAAAAAUCUUAUUUUGUUAAAAGUUUCGGAUUCAUGUGAAAAACAUGCUAUCGGCGGGAUCUGCUUUCGCAUGUUCCCAUCUCAGGGAUUUACGGAAAUAGUGUUUUGUGCAGUAAUUUUCAAUGAACAAGUAAAAGGUUAUGGAACACAAAUGAUGAAUCAUUUAAAAGAUUAUCAUUUACAGCAUAAAAUAUUUCAUUUUCUUACAUAUGCUGAUUCAUUUGCCACUGGUUAUUUUAGAAAACAAGGAUUUUCACGUGAAAUACGCUUAGCUCGACAAGCUUAUUUAGGUUAUAUUAAAGAGUAUGAAGGUGCCACAUUAAUGGGUUGUGAAUUAUAUCCAAAUAUUAUUUAUACUAGAUUUUCUGAAUUAAUUGCAAAACAAAAACAGGUUAUUACCCGGUUGAUAGAAAAACGUCGUGAGUCUGUUAAUCAAAUCUACCCAGGAAUACCUGCCAAACUAUUUCGUAAUGGACCUUUAAGACCAGAUCAAAUCCCCGGUCUAACUGAGAUCGAUCUAACUUCAAACAAAUUUUCUGAUUUAUUUCAUAAAAUUCCCAAGACAGAAUUAUCCGAAACAAAUCAAACUUCCAUAAAUAAUCAUGUUUCAGUAAAACGAAAAUCAUCAGAAACGUUUGAUAAAUGUGCUGAUAAAUUACACGAACCUCCGAGAAAACUACGCAAACGUUUACUUGAUCCUUUGCCAAGUCCCAGUCCGUUGACUACAAAGCCACAGAUGAAAGCAAGAAUCAGUUCAAGGUCAACGCGUUAUAAUAGCUCAGUAAAAAUAUCAGAUUCAUUGGAACCUGUUUGGAUACAAGAAGCUAAACAAUUAGCAGAAAAAAUUCGUCCUAUCCUAAAUGCAUUACGUAGUCAUAUAUUGGCUGGUCCUUUUCAAAAACCUGUUACAGUAGAUGAAGCACCAGAUUAUUAUGAUAUUAUUGUUUUUCCAAUAGAUUUAGGCACAAUGUGGGAACGUUUAAAAUCGAAUUAUUACGUUACGAAAUCCUUGUUUAUUGCUGAUAUGAUGCGAAUGUUUCAUAAUUGUCGUACUUAUAAUCAACAAGACUCUUAUCUUUAUAGAAGUGCUAAUACUUUAGAACGUUAUUUCAUCAAUAAAAUGAAAGAGGCGGACUUAUGGCCUUAAAUUAUAUUACUAUUACAGAAUGAACAAAUUAUGUAACUGAGUUUAGUAAAUUUUGUUUGAAUGUUUCUUCUCUUAUCUGUUUCCUGUUUUUCAGGGUAACACUUCGUACAAGUUUUUAUUUUUAUAAUUUAUUGUAUGACAGGUGUUAUUUUGUGUAAAUAACUUAUAGUCUUAUUAAAUUUCGUAAAGUUGUUAAGAUUGCUCAAGGACUAUCAAUAAAUAUCUGUACUGAA